AAUAACUCCCCUGCGUGUGUUUACUUUUGUUAACGUCCGGUUUUAGGUUUCGGUCUGGUGUGCGUCGGAAGGGGGCAGUAGCGGCUCUUUUAACCUACUACCACGACUUACCCGCGCAACUCCCGUAAAGGAGCAAGCAAAGGUAACAAACAAAAACAAACAGACAGAAACACCAUGAGUGUUGACGUGAAAAAACUGAAAGUCAACGAGUUGAAGGAGGAGCUCCAGCGCCGCGGCCUGGACACCAGAGGCCUGAAGGCGGACCUGGUGGAGAGGCUCAAAGCCGCUAUGGAGGCUGAAGCCCAGGCUGAUACCUCGGAGCAGGGGGAGCAGGAGGACGAAUAUGGCGACGACGACUAUCAAGAAAACGAAGGUGGAGACGAUGCCCAAGAGCAGCAAGAAGAAGCUGAGGACUACGGAGAUGAAGAUGAUGGUGAUGAUGGUGAAGGUGAUGCCCCUCAAGAGGAAGACGAGGGUCGAGACUCAGGUGGUUACUACGAGGAAGAGGAGGCCGAAGAAGCGGAGGAAGCAGAGGGCGAGCCUUACGAAAGUCAACCAACUUCAGACUCGGGACACAGCAUGCCUGACUUCACAGCUGAUGUGGAUAUACAGAAGUCUGAAAUGAUGUCCGAGGAAGAAACCAAGCCUGUCCAGAGGGUGGAGGGGGAGGAGAAGCCUGACAACAGACAAGAAGUCAAAGUGGAAGUCAAAAUGGAAGCUGAAUCUGAGGCUGUUGGAGGCAGACAGGAGGACAGUCGUGGGGCAGAACAGCAGCAAGGGCAAGAAGCUUCAGGUCAGGCUGAGCAAGUCAAAGUGGAAGGUGAGAGAGGUGGACACUACGGCCGCAAAAGACCGUAUGAGGAGAACAGAAGUUACGGCUACUACGAGCACCGUGAGGACAAGAGAUCCCGAACUCCACAGCCUCCUGCUGAAGAUGAGGAAGAGAACAUAGAUGACACUCUUGUUACAAUUGAUACAUACAAUUGUGAUUUACACUUCAAAGUGUCCCGAGAUCGCUACAGUGGUUAUCCUCUGACCAUCGAAGGUUUUGCUUACCUGUGGGCCGGAGCACGAGCUACGCAUGGUGUCACCCAGGGCCGCGUGUGUUACGAGAUGAAGAUCAAUGAAGAAAUUCCCGUGAAGCACCUGCCCAGCAGUGAACCAGAUCCCCAUGUGGUCAGAAUUGGAUGGUCACUGAACCACUGCAGCACUCAGCUUGGUGAGGAACCCUUUUCCUUUGGAUUCGGAGGAACUGGAAAAAAAUCCGUUGACUGCAAGUUUGCUGACUAUGGUGAGAAGUUUGGUGAAAAUGACGUCAUCGGCUGUUACAUCGACUUUGACAGUGGUGAUGAGGUGGAGGUGGGCUAUUCUAAGAAUGGAGUGUUUCUUGGUGUGGCUUUCCGGACCACAAAGGAGGCGUUGGCAGGCCGUGCCCUGUUCCCUCAUGUCCUGGUGAAGAAUUGCGCCGUUGAGUUCAACUUUGGACAGAAGCGGGAGCCUUACUUCCCCCCACCAGAGGGAUACACCUACAUCCACAAUCUCGGAAUGGAGGACAAGAUCAGAGGCACAAAGGGACCUGCCAGCAAAUCUGAUUGCGAGAUUCUGAUGAUGGUUGGCCUCCCUGCUUGCGGAAAGACCACCUGGGCCAUAAAGCACGCAGAGACUCACCCUGACAAGAAGUACAACAUCCUGGGCACAAAUGCAAUCAUGGACAAGAUGAAGGUGAUGGGUCUGCGUCGCCAGAAGAACUAUGCCGGGCGCUGGGAUGUUCUGAUCCAGCAGGCCACCCAGUGUCUGAACAGACUGAUUGAGAUCGCCGCCCGCAAGAGACGCAACUACAUCCUGGAUCAGACAAAUGUAUAUGGAUCAGCAAGGAGACGAAAAAUGCGUCCUUUUGAAGGUUUUCAACGCAAGGCUAUUGUAAUUUGUCCCACGGACGAGGAUUUAAAAGAACGAACAUUAAAGCAAACCAAUGAGCAGGGGAAGGAUGUGCCCGAUCAUGCUGUUUUAGAAAUGAAAGCCAACUUUACUCUCCCCGAGGCUUGCGACUUCCUGGAGGCAGUGACGUUCAUUGAGCUGCAAUCCGAGGAGGCUGAAAAGCUGGUGAAGCAGUACAAUGAGGAAGGCCGCAAGGCUGGCCCGCCCCCUGAGAAACGCUUCGACAACAGGCAGGGUGGGUUCCGUGGCCGUGGCGGCGGUAGCUUCCAGCGGUAUGACAACCGUGAUGGUUCCCGUGGUGGCUACCAGAACCGCAGUGGAGAUGGAGGCAGCGGAUACAGAGGAGGUUACAAUCGUGGCAGCUAUAACCAGAAUCGGUGGGGCAACAGCUACCGCGAUGGAGGCUCUGAUACACGUGGUGGAUACAACCGCAGCCAGCAAUCAGGGGGAAGCUACAAUCGUCCAGCUCCUUACAACAAGGGAGGAUACAACCAGGCCUACAGUCAAGGGUACAGCCAGGGCAGCUACAACCAGAACUACUACAGCAACUACAGUCAGUACCCAGGAUACAGCCAGAGCUACAGCCAGAGCUACAGCCAGACACCUGCCACUGCACAGACCUACAACCACCACCAGCAACAGCCACAGCAACAACAGCAGCAGCAGCAACAACAGAGCUACAACCAGCAAUAUCAGCAGUACGCUCAGCAGUGGCAGCAGUACUACCAGAACCAGAACCAGUGGAACCAGUAUUACAGCCAGUACGGCAGCUACCCUGGACAGGGCAGCCAAGGCUCGUCUUCUGGUUCCCAGUAGCUUCGCCCUGCAUCUCUACCUGCAUCCACCUUUGUCCUGAACACCUCUGACCUCUGCAGCGAAUUAAUUUUGUACAGUCCCACAUUGAGUCACUGACCAUAACAUUCUCUGUCUGGUUUAACACAGUAGCCUUCAUUCCUCACCAAUGUACACAUAAAUUGUAUACAAAUUGAUGUCUUUUCAUUAUUUUUACUGAAUUAAGUCUUACUCUAAGCAGUGACCGUGAGGUGGUAGAUGAUAGGUGUCAAGACAUUUAAUGAAUGUUAUCGAUUAUGCAUUGAAUGUGGAUGUCUGCACUCCACAUUUCCUACAGAUUGAAGAGGUAAUUGUAUAUUUCUAGGAUGCGUAGUGUGAAAAAAAUGACAGGAAAAGUACAGCAAACCCUAAAUAAAUUUGCUUGCUUUGAGAAGCUUAAGAACAAAAUGCAUGCUUUUUAACUUCAUGCCCCGUUUCCUCUGUCUUGCUGUUUUAUUUUUCAUUUAUUGAGUGAGCACAUUUUAGUUACUGCAAAUGAAUCCAAACAUUAUGGAACAUUUUUUAUAGGUGUUGAUACUGUAGUAUUUUAUCCAAUCUUUAAUUGAGAAUAAUAUUUUGCCAUUCUUGAGUAGUUGUAUGUGCAGUUUUUUUCCCCAUCCCUUUGUGAUUGCUGUUCAUUGAGUCCAGUAGUUUAAAGCCUUCAGUCAAACCCAUUUUUUUUACCUGAAAAUGAAAAUCUGAUUUUGACCAGUUACGCAAGCUGUCUUCUUGUCUUUAUACAAUAAACGCAGUUGUAUACGCCUGUA